AUGACUACAUUGUUUCAUGAUAUGAUCCACCAGGAGAUGGAGCUAAAUCCUGCGAAAUGCGCCUUUGGAGCACCAGCUGGUAAACUGUUGGGAUUCAUUGUCAGCAAAAAGGGCAUAGAGGUAGAUCCGGCAAAGAUCAAGGCAAUUCGAGACAUACCAGUGCCGAAAACGCAGAAAGAUAUGAAAAGCCGUCAAGGAGCAAGCUAUAGCAGAUCAUUUGCGGAAAAUUCAAAGGACGAUGAGUAUCAACCGCUCCAUACCUAUUUCCCUGAUGAAAAGGUUUUGUUUAUCGGUGCCGUAGAAGAUAUGAACGAGUGGUGCCUGAAUGGAGAUUGUUUUUUGAUGGUGCCGCUAAUUCUGUCCAAGCUGGAAUCGGAGCAGUUCUUGUAUCUCCAGAAGGGAAGCAUUACCCCGGAGCUGCUAAGUUGGCAAUUCGCCUGUACAAACAAUAUGGCCGAGUAUGAAGCCUGUAUUUUUGGUCUUAAAAUGGCUUUGGAAAUGGAAGUUAAAGAGUUGAUCGCCUUCAGUGAUUCAGAUUUACUUGUGCACCAAACGUUGAAACAAUGGAUAACCAAAGAUUCCAAGAUCUUGCCAUACCAUUGUAAUUUGCUCAAUCUGGCUAGACAAUUUCAAAGUUUGGAGUUCAGACAUCUCCCACGAGCCCGAAAUGCAUUUGCAGAUGCCUUGGCCACCUUAUCUUCUAUGAUACAAUAUCCAGAUGAAUUAGGAAUCGAGCCUAUCCGGAUCCAAUUCCAGGACAAGCCUGCUCAUUGUUGGGUCGUGGACAAAACAUCUGGCAAAAGCCCUUGGUACAAUGAUAUUAAGGAGUUCAUCAAAAUCGGGUCUUACCCUCCAGAAGCUACUGCAAAUGACAAGGGUUUCCUGCGCAAAAUGGCCUCGAAAUGUUUCUUAAAUGGAGAGGUAUUAUACAAAAGGACAUCAGAUUUGAACCUCUUAAGGUGCAUCGAUGAAGAUGAAGCUCAAUACAUGAUGAAAGAGAUGCAUAGCGGCGUCUGCGGACCUCACAUGAAUGGACAUUUGUUAGCAAAGAAAAUUAUGAGAACCGGGUAUUUUUGGCUUACAAUGGAACGCGACUGCAUAGAUUUUGUCCAGACAUGUAUUAAAUGUCAAGUGCAUGGCGACGUUAUACGUGCUCCUCCCACCGAAUUGCAUAGCAUGAUUGCUCCGUGGCCCUGCUCAAUGUGGGGUAUGCAUGUGAUUGGCACAAUUGACCCUUCUGCUUCAAAUGGCAUCGACAAUUCCAAGAAUCUCAACAAUGAUAUGGUGGAUGGGCUAUGCGAACAGUUUAAAAUCAGACAUCGCAACUUUGCCAUCUAUAGACCACAGAUGAAUGGAGCCGUAGAAGCUGCAAACAAGAAUUUGAAGAAGAUUAUUCGCAAGAUGACUGAAAAGCAUCGUGACUGGCAUGAAAAGCUCCCUUAUGCACUAAUGGCAUAUCGGACUUCUAUCCGAACAUCAACUGGGGCAACACCCUACUCGCUCAUGUAUGGAAUGGAAGCUGUGCUACCUGCCGAGGUCGAAAUCCCUUCAUUGCGGGUUCUAAUGGAGACCAAGUUGGAAGAAGCUGAUUGGAUAAAGCAGCGUCAUGAACAACUAUCUUUGAUUAAUGAAAAACGGCUUAAUGCCAUUUGUCAUGGCCAAUGUUACCAAAAGCGCAUGGCCCGGGCCUACAACAAGAAAGUCCAUUUGCGAACAUUUGAGGAAGGCGACAAAGUACUUAAACGAAUUUUUCCCGUGCAGGAUGAGGCCAAAGGCAAAUUUGCUCCAAAUUAA